AUGUCUUGCCCACAGAAAUGGUGCCAGUUACAUAACACUAUUGCAUGGUAGGAAGAGCAGUGUAAAAGCCGUUUUGUAUUUCACGGAUGCGCCUUUCAUAUUGGAAUCGACCCCUCGUUACUGCUUUACAUGAGGUUUUGGUGUUUCUGUGGUGGACUCCAGGAAGAGGUGGGCAGCAGCAGCAGGUGAUCAUUAGCUUUUUCCUGGGAGCUUCAGCGCAGCUAGCGCAGAUGGGAUACAUCAGACUUCAGAUAGGGCCUGGCUGGGAGAGGGAGUGAGAAUGGACAACCUUUCCGACUUUGGGUCCCUAUGUCCGUCCAGCAGGAGGGAAUGGGACACCAGCAGCUGUGUGGACGAUUUGAUGGAUGAAGAUGAUAAAGACAGGGCAAAAAGGGCAUCUCGGAACAAAUCAGAAAAGAAAAGAAGAGACCAAUUCAAUGUGCUCAUCAAGGAGCUAUGCACCAUGCUGCAGGGCCAAGGCCAUCCACGCAAGAUGGACAAGUCUACCAUACUGCAGAGAACUAUCGACUUCCUGCAGAAACAGAAAGAAAUCACAGCACAGACAGAGUCAUGUGAGAUCCGGCAGGACUGGAAGCCUUCGUUCCUCAGUAAUGAUGAGUUCACCCAGUUGAUGCUGGAGGCUUUAGACGGUUUCCUCAUAGCACUAACUACAGAUGGAAACAUUAUACAUGUGUCCGACAGUGUGUCUUCACUCAUUGGCCAUUUACCGUCAGAUAUGGUGGACCAAAAUAUCUUGAACUUCCUCCAUGAGCGUGAGCAUGGGGAGGUCUAUAAGCUGCUAUCAUCCCACAUGCUGAUGACUGACCCCAUCUCUGCUGACAUCCUGGACAGUAAGACACACAUUGAGUUCUGCUGUCAUUUAGCCAGAGGAAACAGCCACCCAAAGGAACCGCCUACAUAUGAGUAUGUUAAAUUUGUCGGAGAUUUGAAGUUUCAUAACAAUGUGCCUACAUCCUCUUGUAACGGGUUUGAUUUGACAUUACCAAAAACCCUGCCGUCAUCGCUGGAAGAGCAGGUCUGCCUUGUUGCCACUGUACGAUUAGUCACUCCACAAUUUUUAAAGGAUUUGUGUAAUGUGGAAGGUCCCUGUGAUGAAUUCACAUCCAGACACAGCCUUGAAUGGAAGUUCCUGUUCUUAGAUCACAGAGCUUCACCAGUCAUCGGGUACUUGCCCUUUGAGGUUCUUGGGACUUCUGGCUAUGAUUACUAUCAUGUGGAUGAUUUGGAGCUUAUAUCGCGGUGUCAUAAGCAAUUAAUGCAGUUUGGGAAGGGUAAAUCCUGCUACUAUCGGUUUCUAAGCAAGGGUCAGCAGUGGAUCUGGCUCCAGACACACUACUACAUUACAUACCACCAGUGGAACUCCAAGCCAGAGUUCAUAGUGUGCACUCACACAGUCGUCAGUUAUGCGGAGGUGCGAGCGGAGAGGAGGAGAGAGUUUGGCUUGGAGGAGACGUCCCCUGACAUGGCCACUUCGUCAUCCAUGAAGGCUCAGGAGGUGUACCUGGACAUCUGUCCCAAUCUGGACCCCCCCGAACUUGACAGGAUGAGCGGGGCACGCUCAGUGUCCUCCCACAGCUCCCGGAAGUCCUCCCACACGGCCCUGUCCGACACGGCAUCAGCCAACUCAUCUUUGCGGUACACAGAUGCUUGCACACCAUCACAGCAGUCUGCAUCCAUCGCUGGGACAGAGAAGAAUUUGUCCAGACUCGCACCCAGUAGUGCAAAGACUUUGGGGCUAAACUCUUUUGACCUCCUUCCCCAACUAAGCCUCCCCCUUUCUCCUACCUGCAGCCAGCACUCUGCAAUGUCGCAGCAACAACAACAGAAGCCACAGCAGCAGCAACAGUCCAUGUACCAGCAGCAGCCUCCUGAGCCUCAGCUAGGUGUCAUGCACCAGCUCAAGGAGCAGCUGGAGGAGAGGACACGCAUCCUACAGAUGGACAUCAAGACUCAGCAACAGGAGCUGCAUGACAUCAAGGAGAAGCUGCAGCUGGCUAACCUCCAGUUGUUACAGCAGCCGGUCCACUGUGACUUUGGCCAGGUUCAGCAUCAAGGUCCAGGGAGACCAGCCCAGCAGCAGGCCCAGUCUGGGGUGAUAAGGCAGGCCGCGAGCCACUCCAAACAGCCUCUUCAUGGAGCCCACGGCUCGUCCCCGCACUCUCUCCUCACAGAGCACAGCACACCCUCCCCUCAGGUGCAGCAGAGGUUGAUAAGGAGUGCAGGCGGGCAGAUGCAGGCGGUCAGUCUCCCGGUGCAGACCCAUGCCAACUUGACCAUGCCCUUCUACAGCAACCCCAUGAUGUUCUCUCAGCAGACGCCCGCACAGGCACUGCAGGACGCAAACCAAAGACACUCAGACUCUGAGUUUAGCCAAGAGAGACAGCUACGCAUGCUGCUCAACCAGCCAGUGCAGACACUCGUACCUGAUAGCAGUGUUAGCUCCCAGGCUUCCCAGUGCAACACAGCCAUCCAGCAAACCAAAUACACCCUGGAGCAGCAGAUGAUGACCCCGUCGUUUCCCAUGCAGCAGGUGAACUGCAACGCUGUCCUGGUCCCCUCUCCCGUCUUCACGUCCUCCAUCAUGAUCCCUCACAACAGCUUUAUCACGCACCAGGCCCAGCCCACCUAUCAUGCUCAGCAGCAGGCCUGCCAGCACUCUCUGCAGCUGCAGCAGCCCCAGCAGUUCUUUCAGAUGCAGCCCCAAGGACUCUUACACAGUGGAACCACUCAGGCUUUUUUCCACACUACUAAUGUCCCACAGCAAGGUACUGUCAGUUAUAUUCAACAACAACCGCAACAACAACAACAACAACAACCACAACAACAGCAGCAACAGCGGCAACACCACCAUUCCCAAAACCAGCCUGGCAGCCUUUCAGACUUCCGAAAUAUGCUCACUCAGUAGCACCGAAGACACAAACAGAGUGGUGAGAUAUCUUCUGAAACGUAUUGUUACAGAAGGUGGCAGAAUUCUAUGGGAUGCAUAGAAGACACAGAGAGGCAUAUUUGGUCCCAUGCUGUGCUGUGUUCUUCACUGUUUAAGAAGCCAUUGUGGCUUUUUCUACACAGCAAAAACAAAACGUGAAAAUGAAAAUAUUCGCUGCACCAACAUCUCUGUCCCACUCCACUGUGCUACUGGGGGCCAUGCUUACUCGUCAUAUUUCAUCAUGACACUGCUGGAUGGAAAAAAACUAUCAAAGUAAUCAACAGGAAAACCGUGCUGCUGUGUGUUUCCAUGCAGAUGUGUUAUCAACAAAAAGAGAGGUUGUUAGGUGAGCCUUGUUGUGCACUGACUGUACUGUGUUCAAAACCAUCUGUCCUGUUAUUUCCAGAGAGUAAACACAAGCAGUGAGCAUUUACUCCUUCAAAGUUGCAUCUUCAUUUCACAUGAAAAACACUUGUCUGUAGGUUAUGGUUUUGCUGUGCAUACAUAUAUUUGUUUUGACAUAGGAAGACUAUUAUGAAACAUAAAGGAAGGGGUUCAUUUUGAUGUUGGACGUGUCGUCUUUUCAUCAAACAUUCAAUCAGCCAUUCCCAGACAUAGUUGAUAUCAUUAUUAAACACUGAAGUAUAUUCACCACUCAACACUAUUAGUCCAUGUUUGGGGAAAAAAUAUUUUGCAUGACUGACACAGCAACAAAUGUCCUCAUACAAUUACUAUUAUUUUCAUUAUAGAAUCAAAUAUUUAGACAUGAUUUUUUCUAAAAGCGAACAAUAGUAACAAUUAGUUAUGGUAACAUUUGUAUUCAAUAAUUCAUAAAGAUCAAGCUUCAUAUUCUUUAUUCACACCUUAAUGGAAAGAGCAAACCUUAUUAGUAGACUACCAUAACAUGUUUGUUUGUUUAUCAUACAUUUCUAAACAAAUUUAAGCUGUUCUACUGGGUGCGUUUUUAAUCAGGCAUUGAAAGAUAAGUCAAUAAGGUCUUAAUGCCUUAACCGGCUCACAAGCAUUAAAAGCUACUAACAGCACAGUAACAGUAGUUUGUUGCCCAAAUCACCCAAUAACUCAUUGUUUUGUAUCAAGUGUAACAGAUGCUGCAAUGAUUAGGAAGACAUCACUAAUGUAUUGUAGUUGUCGUACAUUGAUUAUGUAUACUUUCAUAACGUAAUUUUUUUCUCAGGUUAUUUGUGGAAACAAAUAUUCUCAGUAUUACAUUAACAAUUUGUACUUUUCACAAUUUGUUGGUUACAGUUUGUUUAUAUUUGGUCAUCUUUGCAACUCACCAGAAUGUUGUUGAUUUUUGGACUAUAGAGACUAUAAGUGUAUUUAUCCAUGUAUGAGUAAUUGUGUCCAUACACUGGUGAUUUUAGGAAUACUGUGUAUGAACAAAAUACUAACCAGAGACAAAUGGCCUGCUAAUGUAAAUGACAAUCAAACUGACCACUUAAAAUAACUUUUUUUUUCAAGUUCCAUACGUUUUCCCCAAAUAACUACAACAGUAGGUAUCUGACUUGAGUUGCCCCACGUUCAUUAGAUAUUGUAAUAUUUUAAUGGUAAAGUCCUACUGUGAAACACUUAUAUCCUGUCAAACAAAGAGGCUAAUGUAUGCCUCAGUUUCCCUUUACACUCACUAGCCAUAACAAAAUGGAACAACCUAUUGGAAUUCUAAUCUAAACUAAAUGUGCCAUUUCACAUGAAGUGAAGGUUGAAAUGCAUUGUGGAAUGAUAAGAAUCUUAAAUUGUACAACGUUUAUGACAAUCCUACCAAUCUCUGCUGUGGACAUUGAGUCGUUAUCACUUCAUCGGUUACGGUCACUCUCACGAAGACUGGUGCUGUUCAUCUUGGUUGAAGAGAUCAAACAAAGUUCUAGAAUUCUUAUAGUAUGUGCCGUUUUAAAUUAGAAAAAAAUAUUUAUGCUGUUGAAAUUAUGUUUCUAGGCAAGUAUGUACUCAUGUAAAAAAAAAAAAAAGAGAUAGUUGUAUACUAUAAACUAAUGUACUAUGUGAAUUAAAUGGAAAUAUCUUUAACAUUCCUUCAACCAUGAAUAUCAGCAAUGUCUUUACUGAGGUACAGCUUGUAUCUGCUAAAGACUUUGUUAGAAUGACUUAAUUCACACUAAAGACUCAGGUCAACUUUUCUCAGAGUGAUGCUGGCAUCAGGAAAGGGGGCCAUAUUAGAUUCAGUAAAACUUGUUGGCUUCUUGCUGGGGUCAGCCCAACAUAAACAUUGGAUUAAGUGAUAUGAGCAACACAUUGUUUCAACAUAGUUACUGUGUCCGUUUGUUAUUACUCUAAAGACACAACAGUGACUAUUCAAGACCUACAUGCAGAUUUGUUUAGAAACAGUCCUGUUAACAUACCCAAUCCUUUUAAAAUCCUGUUUGUUUAUAGUCAGCAAAAUAUGUCCCCAGGUUGGCCUCCACUCAACCUUAUCAUUCAGAAAAAAACUCAGUUGUUGGUUCAAUGUGCUCAAUGCCCAAUCAUAUAGUAAACUGCCUUUUGAAGCUGGUUGAAGGAACAUGUAGUGUAUGUUUAAUUAUCAAGCUCAUAGAAUAAGAGUAAACCAUGUUCUCAAAAUUGUCCAGUGUGCUCUCUAGCUAAUCCUCCAACUUAUGUAAAGAAUUUGCUUUAGUUGCCCCUAUUUGCAUCCACAGGCAGUUAUUCAAUUUCCAUUAACCCAGUCCCACAGAUGAUUUCCCACAGAUGUCAUAAUGAUAGCCAUUGUGUGUUUGCUGUGUAUUGCUUCAGUUUAUACAAAUGUUCAUGUUUAUUGGUAUUUGUUUGUUAAUUGUGAUUGCUACACUAGAUCAAAUGGUACUGUUUCUCUCUUUGAUUCUGUUGAAUCUGUCUCCCCAGCAGUAGAAUAGGCACUUUUUGUUUUACCGUUUGACUAUAGUUUUAUGUUCAUUGAUUCUUCAUCAAGUGUCAUUCUUUUUGUGACCUUGAUUUUUGCAUUUCUGACCUUUUAGAGGUGACUGCGCAUCCUUGCAGUAUAUGGGGUGGAGAGUCCAUGAAUGAAUACUAUAAAAUUUGCCAGGAAGAAGUAAGACACAAACAAAAAAGAACCUGGUACUGUACAUAACAGCCAUUUCAUUGCAGAAAACUAAUUGAAAAUAUUGUAUUAUAGAAUGUACAAAAAAUGUUUAGAUUAUAUAGUUAUUUUAUAAGAUGUCAAAUAGAUUGAAUAUAUGUGUGUGUGUGUGUAUGUAUGUUACAUGAUUUUAAAGUAAAACAAACAGAAGUAUUUUGUAACACAUUAUUAAAGUGUCUUAUUGGGGAGCUGAGUUUUUUAUUUUCUUCAAUUCAGCAAGUUGGUGUUGCACAGUUGAUAAUAUUGUAUGGCUUGUUUUUCUCUCUGUAUAUACCAUCAAAAAUAAAAUUGUAACAUAUUAAUAUUGUUUUAAAAUAAAUUAAUAAAAAAGUUUACAUUCUGAAA